AUGAUGUUGCAUCACGGCACAGCUAGAAAGCAAUUUGUCCCAUCUUCUUCCUUCUGCUUCUGCUUCCCAGCUCCGAGAUGAUCAACGAGUUCGUACAUACUGCCGGUAUCAGAAACGAGGUUGGUAAAUCCUCAAACCCCCAGCACGACUAUUGAUUGCCAUUGCAUGAGCCAUGCUUCAUACGAUGCCGUACCCACGCGCGGGACCUGGAUUUGUCCCAUCUCAGCAAAGGAGCCACACCCGCACGCUAGCGACUCUCGAUGGACGGGGUCCUUCAGAAAAAUGAGGCUGCGGCACACCCACAUGCGCGCGCGCACGAGCUGCCCACUAUUCCUGAACAAGCCUUUCUUUGACAGCUCCGACCAAUCUGAGGCGGUCCUUGCGCAACGUGGACAGGACGCAUCGAGUCCCCGGCUCUUGGUCAACAAGGGUCCUGGCAGGAUCGCUGCGCACUUACACGAUGCUAAACAACCCUCUUCCGAAUCAGCCCAUACGCCAGACCUGUCCAAUCGACGCUGCCCUCGUGCUCACAAGCCCAAAGCUCUCUUGGGCGACCCCGCCAGCGCUCGAUGGAGGACCAGACUUGGAGCCCCGUCGCUGGUUCUCGGUCGAUUCAUUCAUGCCAUGAGAACCGGGCAAGCUGCCUUGUUCGCUCCCCGAAUGGAGAACCUUUCAGGGGAGAACCCAACAUUCGCUUGGCCUACCGCUACUAGUCGUGGUUGGUGUGUCUCCUCCUCCCAUAUCGUGCAUGCUUGCAUCAAUUUGCCCCGGCGGGUACCUGCCCAUUGAUUGCUGCAGCCGUGCUAGUGCUGCGACUGGUCCCCUUCUGCCUGUGAUUGUUCGUGAUACUGGUAGCCUGGCUAUGCUAUAUCAACGCCUGGGUGGCUGCAGCCAUGGCCAUGGCCAUGAUCUGGCUCCGUGGGCCGUGGUAUUCCUUCCUUCCACCUAAUGAUGCUCACGAGUACUGCUACUUACGUUGGGGCUGCUACUCAGCCCUUUGAUACGUACGCCUCUUUCUUCUCCUCUUAGCCACACUCCUAAGCAUUCUCUCUCCUCUACUUUACGCAAUCUCUUUUCUUUCCUUCCUUUUCUCGCCCUCCUUCACUUUCUUGUUUCACCAUCUGUGCCGUUUUCACAUAGCUUAUUAGAGUAAAGCCU